AUCAAAUUAGCCAUCUUGGCCGGUAUUUGUGGUGGAGUACCUGGAGCCAGGACAAGCAAAGAGCUUCUGCUAGGAGAUGUGGUCAUCAGCAAGAGCAUCGUGCAAUAUGACCUGGGGCGACAGCAUCCCGGCAAGUUCGCCCCCAAGGACACUGUUGAAGAUAGGCUGGGCAGGCCUAGCAAGGAUAUCCGAUCCCUUGUUGCAAUAUUUGAGACGCGCGAUGGACGCGACGACCUGCAGCGCCGAGCCAGCCAGGCCCUGGAGCAAAUUCAGCAGAAGGCGAUGAAUGCCGGGCAUCGGGACCUCUACAACCGUCCUACAGCAUCUGAGGAUCGCCUCUUUGAGCCAGGCUAUCUUCACAGGCACCGUGACUCUUGGAACUGUGGUUGCAGUGAAUCGGGUGCCUGUAAAGCAGCCUCGAGUGCUUCGUGCGAGGAGCUUCAGUGUGACGGCAGUCUCGUUCCCAGAAGUCGCCUCAACAAGCGAAAAUUCCAGCACCAUGAAGGUGACGCCUUAGUGGCACCAGAGCUUGGGGUGUUCAUCGGAUGCGUGGGAUCAGGCGAUACCGUCAUGAAGUCUGGACUAGAUCGCGACAGGAUUGCCAAGGACCACGACCUCAUUGCCUUCGAGAUGGAAGGAGCCGGUGUAUGGGACGAGAUCCCGUGCAUCAUUGUUAAGGCAGUCUGUGACUAUGCGGAUAGCCACAAGAACAAGAAAUGGCAGGACUUUGCUGCAGCGCGAGCUGCCUCUACAACGAAGGCACUCUUGGAUUUCUACCCAAACACGGACAGCCCAAUAACUCUUCGCACGCAGUUUGUAUCGCGACAUGACGAGAAUGUGGACUUCACAGGGCGAACUGAGAUUGCUGCUCGGACCGACGGGGAAGGCAAUAUGCAUGUCCGAAGGCAGUACGAAAAGCAUGAAAGAGAACUGCUUGAGUUGCUGGCCGCAGAACAUGACGCAUACAAGAAUUUCAACCCAAGGAGAAUCCCUGGCACGUGUGAGUGGUUCUUCAAGGACAACAGGUAUCAAGAAUGGCUCGAAAGCACCACCUCAAGCAUCAUCUGGGUCUCCGCCGGUCCUGGCUGCGGCAAGUCCGUGUUAGCACGGUCUAUAGUUGACCAGAUACGACAGUUGGCUAACCCCGCAACUACUACGGUCUGCUACUUCUUUUUCAAGGAUGGCGAAGAGCGGCGUACCGACAGCCAUGACGCCUUGUCCGCUAUCUUACACCAGCUCUUCACCCAACACAGUGCCGACUCACUGAUCCGCCAAGCAGCUGACUCUUAUCAAAACUACGGGAAAAGCCUACGAAACAACUUUCAUCAGCUCUGGCAGAUCUUAACAGCUUGUGUGAAGGAAACCAACGCUGGGGAGGUCGUCUGUGUGCUCGAUGCCUUGGACGAAUGCAGCCAACGCGGUCGUGAAGAGAUACUCGAGGCACUUCAGACCUUCUACUUCGGCAACCGGACACAUCCGUCAUCAAGACUCAAGUUCCUCAUUACAAGUCGUCCGUAUGAUGACCUGGAUAUGUCUUUCUCCAAGUUCAAGAAAUCGUCUGCCGCUGAAAUAUACAUCCGAUUCGACGGAGAUGACAAGUCUGAAGAGAUUCGUCAUGAGAUUGACCUCGUUAUCGACCACAAAGUUGACGAAUUUGCAGAGGAUUUCGAGGCAGUAGAUCGUCAGAAGAUCUCGGAAUGUCUCAAAGCCAUGGAUAACCGCACCUAUCUCUGGCUUAGUCUCACUUUCGAUAUCAUCUACCAAAAUCGAAGUGCGUACAGCAGAGCUUCAGACAUAGAGGACCUACUAUCUCAGCUUCCAUCGGGGAUAUUCGACGCCUACGAGAAGAUUCUGAGCCGCAGCCAGAAUGAGAAGCGAGCUAGAUAUCUCCUCCAGAUUAUCAUCGCUGCCACACGGCCCCUAACACUUGACGAAGUCAACUACUCCCUGGCAUUGCAAGAACAAGAGUUCAGAAGUUAUGACGGCCUCAAGUCUAGGCUGUGGCGUCCCGAAAACUUCAAAAGGACGGUGAAAAACCUCUGUGGCCUGUUCGUCAGUGUUUACGACAACAAAGUAUCUCUCAUGCACCAGACGGCAAGAGAGUUCUUGACAAGUCCUGAACUGCAGAACGUAUGGCAGAGCAGCAUUGAUGUGCCUUUGGCGCACAGCACCAUUUUUGUCUCUUGCGUUCGUUUGCUGUCACUUAAAGAUCUCGACAUGACAGCACAGGGCACGUCUGGCAGCAAGGCUUUGCCUUUCAUCUCAUAUGCUGCCAUGAACUGGACGUUGCACUACAAGUCUCAGGAUGGGUCUAAAAGAGACGCAUUUCUACAAAAUGCCCGUGAGCUCUGUCGUAUAUCCAAAGGACACAUCCCGACAUGGGUUGAGGUAUGGAAAGCAGAUUUCGAAAUUCCUUGGAGCCAUUUGUUUCACUGGACAGAUUUGACGCUUACGAGCUAUUUUGGUUUACUUGAGGUGGUUGUACACAUCGUGAGCCGCGAAGACGUCGACGUCAACUCACGGGGCGGGUAUUUCGGCACAGCGGUCAAGGCCGCAGCGGCGCAGGGUCAUAGCGAGCUGGUUCAAACGCUGCUUCGUCGUGGGGCUGAUUGUGACACAGGGGGUGGUCCUUUCCGAACAGCUCUUCUCGCAGCCGCAUUGAAUGGGCAUCCAAGGACGGUAAGAUGCCUGCUAAACAGUGGAGCCAAGGUCACGCAGGAGGUUGUUGUGGCUGCAGCGGGGAAUAUUUCCGGGGAACGGACAAUGGCUUUACUGCUGGAGGCACGUGGAGAUGAGAUUCAGAUUACUCCAGAGGUUGUUGUGGCUGCAGCAGGGAAUUUUGACGGGGGAAAGACAUUGGAUUUACUGCUGGAGGCACGUGGAGAUGAGAUUCAGAUUACUCCAGAGGUUGUUGUGGCUGCAGCAGGGAAUUUUGAUGGGGGAAAGACAUUGGAUUUACUGCUGGAGGCACGUGGAGAUGAGAUUCAGAUCACGCAAGAGGUUGUUGCGGCUGCGGAGGGGAACUCGUAUUGUGGAGAAGAGAUAAUGGCUUUACUGCGAGGAAAGACAGGCGGAACGUCAUAGUCCAAGGCAUACGACGGCGUUGCACAUCGUUUAUCUAUAGCCUUUAAUGGAACUGAACUUCUCAUAAG